AUGGCUUCUCGCCGUGAAUCUCGGGCGAACUCUACGAGUCUAAAUACCCUUCAAGAAUUCGAGAAUUUGCGCAAGACAUUCAAGGCAUCGAAUGAUCGGUUAGCGAAGAAGAAUAACGAGCUGUUGGCACAGAUAAGCCAACUCACGAAACAACUUCAGGAGAGUGCAGCAGAAAACUUCCAGUUGCGUGGCACGUUAUCGGCUUUACAGCGCAAGCAGCUGGUAGAUAAUUCGAGGUCCCUCGCCUACCAGCGAGAGAGGCAAGCGAUGUUAGAUCUUGUCGACGAGACGACUCGUGCCGCUGAUUGGGCCAAGAAAAACUUGGCUUCCUUACGCCGUUCGUUUGAUGCAAUCGAUUCAGCUGAGCCUCCGGCGACCUCUCCGCCAGCAUUUGUCCCUAAACCGAGGUCUUCGACCUCCAACGCCCUCAAGGUCUCAGCAGCACCAGACAUGGAGCUUAUCCACGAAGAUUCAAAGGAGGAUAUGCACUCAUCCCCUCGUGUCUCACGCCGGGUGGUGGCACAACCAGGGCCUAGCCGCUUAUCAUCACAUAUAAUAGGGACUUUGCAGCUAACGGAAGCAGCUGUAUCUACAUUGAACGCCGAAUCAUCAAUGAGUUCUCCUGCUGCAUCUGGGAACGUGGCUAAGCGCAAAACACUGCGACGGCAGUCUGGCUUACUGGGACCUAUCGAGCUGAAUACGCAAUCUUCAUCUCCCUCGACGCCAUCGCAAGCUGGACUCACUGAAUCCCCCAACUUUCUUUCGCCGCCACUAGACCAUGAAACUUCAUCGCCAUCACCGCAAGCCCAUCUCACUCCACGGCGGGCAGGCAGAGGGAAAAGGAAACUCUCAGUGGACGAAAUGGGCCGUGAUGACUUGCCUGAGUAUUCCGCUGCUAUCUCCGGGCUACAUGAUGUCACCAACUCGCCACCGCCUCGGUUAGCAGAGGGCAAGCCGAAGAAAAGUACUUCACUCAAGAACAAUGGAGCACAGGAGGAUUUCGAUUAUGCGCUCACCCCGCCACUUUCUCGGGUUGAACGGCGGAGUAGAAAACUUGCACCCCGGAAUACAGAUCACGAUGAAGAGGGGAAACCUAUCAGGCCCACAUCACCCCACAAUGACACACUCGAACCUGCAUCCCUUGGCGCCCAAAGAAGUGCAUCACCUACACCACGGAGUCGCUCGCCAAUACCCCAACCCGUAUUUGGUGCCGCUUUAAUUGGAUCACAACAUGUAGAAACUAGUAGGGAACGACGAGUGCGGAAGAGUGUGAAUUAUGCGGAACCUAAACUCAAUACGAAAAUGAGAAAACCUGAUGGAUUCGAGGCAUCUUUCAAGAACCGUCCAUCUACCACUGUCUCUGCUGCAAAGUGGCAGAUGCCCUCAUCAUCAACACCUCCAGCGAAUGAUCCCACACGCGCGCCAGCUAAGCGACGAGAGACGAACGUUCCAUCCGCCAGUCCUCGCCCACCGUCCCCGGUCACAGACGAAGAACCCAUCCGGCCCUUGAACGGAACAAGGGAACGAGAGAAACCCCGAUCACGGCGUCGACUGUCACAACCCAGCGAGGAUCAAGAUGACGAAGCAGACGAAGAACAGGACAGGAAAAUCCCCAUGUGGAAAGCUUAUCCUCGUACACCUUCGACGACAGUCCCAUCAUCACCUCAUGAUGCCGCAGCAAUUGUUAACUCGAAUGUUAGGGGGCUAGCAGGGAUGGCUCUGCCUGAUGCAGACGAGCAACCGACAACGAAACGGAGACGGAGAGCGACAUCCUAUGCAGGUUUAGAACUAUCAGAUGAAGACGAGGAUGACGAUGAAUACAGGGAAGACGGUGAGGAUGACUUCGUGCUGCCGCGAUCUGUGUCCAGGAGGAGGAAAAGUAACACCGCGGGCUUUUGGAGUGACAGUCGGACGCUGGUUGGAAGUUUGAAGGAUAAGGAUCGCAAAUUAUGAGGUUGGGGUUGUAGUUCCUAUUUCUCUUCCUGUGAUUACUGCUUAUAGUACAGUUGAUCAUGACACCGACACGCUGUGAAAGGAGAGACCCAUGAACAGCUAUGCGCUGCGUGUCGGGGU